UGGGAUAAGUCCCGCCCCCUUCCCUCCUCUCUUUCUCCCUCACUCACCCUUCGCCACCUUCUCCCCACCCUCCCGCAGGGGGUCACGUGAUGUUUUCGCCGUGGAGCCGUCGCUGAGGGAGAGGAGGAGGCCGCUUGGCGCUUCUGCGAGAAGGAAGGCGGCCCGGGCGAGCCGAGGAGGAACCCGAGGCCUUCCCUGACUGACUGGGAAGCGGCCUAUGCCCAUCGGGGCCUGCCUUUCCCGCCUGGAAGAUGGCGAGCGGGAUGCUGGGCCCCAGAGAGGAGGCAGCGGGGCCAGGAGCUGAAGGCCUUGCCCAGGCCUCCAAGCCCAGCGCCUCCUCCAGGCUGACUCCCAGCGAGGAAGAGCCAGAGCUGGAGACCGGCAGCACCUUGGCCUCGGCCCCUCACCCUCUGAUGCUGCUCCUGAGGAGGUCCCCCAGCUCCUCCCUUUGCCUGGUCCAGGAGGAAGAAGCUGAGGGAAACCUGGGCCGAACAGGGCCCCUUUCUGCUCUGAGGGCCCCUUCGGCGCUCCCCGGCGACGACGUCCGCAAGUGUGGCUACCUUCGCAAGCAGAAGCAUGGCCACAAGCGCUACUUCGUGCUGCGGGCCGAGAGCCACUUGGCACCCGCACGGCUGGAGUACUACGACAGCGAGAAGAAGUUCAAGAGUAGCCUCAGAGCGGCGGCAUCAUCCGCGGCAUCCUCUGGCGGGGCAUCCGUGGCCCUGUGCUGCCCGCCUCCCAAGCGGGUGAUCCCCUUGUACCAGUGCUUUACCGUCAGCAGGAGGGCGGAUGCCAAACACAAGCACAUCAUUGCCCUCUACACCAAGGAUGAAUACUUUGCCAUGGUGGCUGAGAACGAGGCGGAGCAGGAAGGUUGGUACCACGCCAUAAGCGAACUCAUGAGCCAAAGCAAGCGUGGUUUUUUGGAGCAGGAAGACCACGCCGACCCGCAGCUGGAUAGCAACAAUGAUGACGACGAGCACUAUGGCGCCAACCUGAGGCCAGGCACUGUGUUCAAAGAAGUGUGGCAAGUCAACGUCAAGCCAAAAGGGCUGGGCCAGACAAAGAACUUGACUGGGGUCUACCGGCUGUGCCUUUCGAGCAAGGCCAUCCAUCUGGUCAAGCUGAAUACCGAGGUGCCCUCCGUCCAUUUGCAGCUGAUGAACAUCCGCCGGUGUGGACACUCUGAAAACUUCUUCUUCAUCGAGGUGGGCCGGUCCGCCUCCAUCGGGCCCGGGGAAUUGUGGAUGCAAGUUGACGAUUCGGUGGUGGCCCAGAACAUGCACGAAACCUUUCUCGAGACCAUGAAAGCUUUGAAAGCCUUCUCGGAGUUCAGGCCUCGCAGCAAGAGCCAGUCUUCUGGGGGAGGGAGUAGCACCAACCCCAUUUCCUUCAUCACAACCAGGAGGCACCUUGGCAACCUGCCACCCAGCCAGACUGGCCUACAAAGAAGGUCCAGAACGGAAAGUGUUACUGGGGGAACCCCUCCUACCACCAAGAGUAGCAGUUCUUACCGCUUUAGAACCUCCAGUGAAGGGGAGGGGACCAUGACGAGACCGUUCAGGUCAGUUACUGGGAGUCUGAUUCACCUGAACACUGCAAGGAUGAAUUUGGGUCGCCAGGAAGGCACUGGGCGAUACGUUAGAGCGGCAUUCAGCUCUUCCUAUCACACCAGGUCAGCUUCCCUUCCAGUAUCUCAUUUCCCUUCUACUACCAGCCCCAUCAGUGUUUCUUCAAGCAGUGGCCAUGGAUCAACUUCGGAUACUCUUGUAAGACCUUCCAGUUCUUCUGUCUGUGGGUCCCCAAGUGAUGGAGGCUUUAUUUCUUCUGAUGAAUAUGGCUCCAGUCCUGGAGACUUCAGGUACUUUCGUGUGAGAAGUAAUACUCCAGAUUCCUUGGGCAAUACACCACCAAUCAGGGAAGAGAAUUGCUUGAGUGAAUACAUGUCUAUGAGCAAGCAGCAAAUGGAUAAUAAUACCUCAAGAGAUGAUUACCGGGAGGCUGAGAAAUGCUUCAGAAAAAGAACUUAUUCUUUAACCAAACCUGCAUGUAUACAACAGAGAACACCCCAAUCUGCAGCUUCAUUAGAUGAGGAUCCUAUCGGAAGCCAUGGACGCCUGCCUUGUUCCGAAUCGCCAAAAUUCAAAAAUAACCCUGAAGCUGAGUAUGGGGAAGCUGCCCUUGAAUCUGUAUGUAAUCAAAACAGGAAUAAAGCCAGAGAUGAUGGAUACAUGCCAAUGAUGCCAGGAGUUGCAUCUUCUCUUGCAAGCAACAGCGAUUAUCUGCCAAUGACUCCAAAAAGUGUAUCUAUUCCAAAACAGAUAAACAGUUCUUGGUCAUCAAUUCAGGCUGACUCCAAGGGGUACAUGAUGAUGUUUCCUAGGGCAGUCACUUCUCCCAUUCGGAGUCCUUUGACUGGAUUUAAUUCUAAAGCCGGCAGUGAAAAAUUGGCAAACAAUGAGUAUAUGGAUAUGUCACCUGGAAGCUCAGGUGCUCCAAAACACCCUGGUGAUUCAAAUUAUAUGCAAAGCAGUGCUGGUUCCAAAGCUUUUGGUUCUUAUUUCUCUCUCCCACGAAGCUUUAAGGCUGUGACAGGGGAAAACGGUGAACAUGAUGAGUAUGUUCCAAUGUCGUCACCUGGAAAAUUAUUGUAUGAUGGGACUGAAAAUGGCAAAAGUAUCAGUAAUGAAGUUCUGACUAAUGGUCUUUCCAAAGCAUCUCUCCUAAAAAGUUCAGAUGAAGGCCUUGCACAGAACAGAGUUAUCAGGCCUACAAGGCUUCCGCUUGGUACUAGAGGUAGCAACACCAUACCAAGAAUGUAUGAUCGUACAAUUCCACUUGAGCCAUCUAGCCCCGGAGAAUAUAUAAACAUUGACUUUGGGGAAAAGGCCAGUAAUACACCAUAUUCUUUAUCUGCAGAAGGGUCUCCUUCGUCUCUUGGUUCCAGCAGUGACCAUAGACAGUCACCACUUUCGGACUAUAUGAGUGUAGACCUUGAUGUCCAAUCACCCAAAGCUGCUAAAGAACUCUCCAGCUCUUUGACAGAUAUUUCUAUUUAUGCAAGUUCCAGCAUCCCCAGAAACCCACCUGAUGCUGAUUAUGCUAGGCUAUCUUUCGGCACUGCUUGUGUUAGCACAGCAAGUGGUAGGAUGGAUGACUAUACCGAGAUGACCUUCAGCAUGGCAGCCACACCACCUGGACCAUUUGACACAGAAAGCAAAAAUUGCUUAAAGAUUGAUAGUCCUCCUUCCAUAGUUAAUAGACUCUGCAUUGUUGAUCAGUAUGCUGGUGGGAGUAACUUCCCUGUUCCCAGUCCUGAUCCUCUUGUAGUACCUAAAGUUAUUCGUGCUGAUCCGCAAGGAAGGAGACGGCAUAGCUCUGAAACCUUUUCUUCUGCCGCCACUGUUACCACUUCCUCAUCUUUCUUUACUGACAGUAGUAAAAGGCACAGCUCUGCCUCUUUUGACAAUGUGUGGCUGAAACCCGAAGAACACAUUUCAGAUGGCCAUGAAAGCAAGAUGUCCAGAGAUACGUCAACUGGGUUUCAGAAUGGCUUGAACUAUAUAGCUCUCAAUUUACGGGAGAACCCUUUAAACUGUGAGGAGAGCCCAAAUACACCAAACUGCCACCUCCCAAAUGGUACUCUGAAUCUCGAAAGUGGAGUGUAUGUAAGCAUAGACUUCAGUAGAUCAGAUGGCUUGAAGUGCAACUCUGCGAGAAAAGACUGAUGGCAUUACCAUGGAAACCAUUGUGAGAAGAGCAGGCUUUCCCGCUGGUAUCUCCAUCACUAUGUGGUGCUUUUGGAAGCAAAGCCCAUCUCCAGCCAACUCUGUCCGCUUCUACUGGCACAGAACAUGGACACACAUUGCUGGGAAUGAUUUUUCAUGGAGUGGCGAUUGAGUCUACCGUUGUGCUGAUCUGAAUGAACCUUUGUCAUAGAUGAGUUUUGAUGACAACAGGCUUCUCUCUCUGCCCCUGCCCCCCCCCCCCCCCCCAGGAUUGAUAGUGUCCUGGACCACGCCUACAUUUUCCCCCCUCCAAAGUUUCUGUUUGAGGAAGUCACUUGCUGCCCAAGAAUCAACGUCAUAUGGGGUUUGCUUUCCUAGUACUUGAAGUGAUCGCUUAAAUGUUUUAGAAGGGGUUGUGGGGUGGUUUUUUAUUUUGUUUUUUUGCAGUCCUAAACCCAUAUGGAAGGAUUGGAAACAACAAGUGACAUUUGUGAGACUUGCUACUCUGUGGGUCACAUUUUCAGGACUAGAGGUCUGCAGAAAACACGGCCUCCCCACUGUCAUUGUUUUUUACAUAGGCAGUGGGUAGAUGUCUUUCCUCUAACUCCCUAGCCCUACUGCAUGCUCCUCCCAGGGCCUCCCUCUCCUCUUGCAUGCCCCAUAGGCGAGGCCAUAGCUCAUCCUUCCCCAAGGAAGGCUGGUUACCCUUCCUGCCCUCCUGUUCCACUCCUCAGUGCUUGCGGCCCUCUUCACAAAGCAGCUCCAUCCUUUGCUCCAUCAGCCACUGUUUUGAGAACUGCAGCUGCUUGAGCAAACUGCCGAAGACCAGAUGAGUGGGGGGUCCUCUCUCCUGUUCCGUUUUCCCUUUCAGAAAAGAACCAGGCAAAGGGAGUCUCCAUUCUGUCCAGUGACAUGAGGGCAAGCAUCUCUGGAAAUAUACUGGGAUUUAAUCCCAGGGAAAUGUAUGCAGGAUGGGGCUGCAGCCUCUCCUCCCCUCGUGCCUCAUAUCCCCUCCUCCAAGGCUGACACAUGCGCAGGUUCUGAUACGUCUCCACCAACAGAAAGAACAGCAUUAUGCUCUGUGGGAGAAAGAGAGCGAGAGAGAGAGAGCGCUAAAUCAAGACCUCUUCUCUUUUGUUUUGCUGCAUUUCACUUUAUGGUACGAGAGAUUUUUUUUCCUUUAUGGAUCCUCUUUAUUUUUGUACAAUCCUCUUAAAUUUAUUAUUGUUGCUGAGAAUAUCUGGAAUGUAAAGGUAGAUCUGAAGAUCCUGUUGUAUCAUAAUUAUAGUUAAAAAAAAUCUCUUUCAUCUCCCUGUAUAGCCAUUUCCAUGGAUGAUAGAUUUUGGAUAAUUUAAAAAAAACUAAAUCAGUUCAGAUGGGGCGAAAAAGGCAGACUCUUGAACUGUGUAUUACCCUUGCAUUACAAUAUUGAUGUGCUGUAGAGCUUUUCUAGAGAGAAUCUUCAAAGGAAAAUCCGUUUUACUUGGAGCCACCUUUUUGGUCUUCAAACUUAGAAAAAGCAUUACUAAUAUUCUCUUCUGAUUAUGCCUGUUGUGGGGAAAGGGGCGGCUUUUUCUUUCUUUGGGAAUAUUGGCAGUUGGAAAUGUUUGUCCAAAGCCAGGUGCCUCACUUAGGUCAUUAAAGAGCAUGACACUAGUUCUUGGUACAAAUAGUAUAUAUACUAAUAAAUUAGAAGCACUGAUGACUGAAAGGGUUGAAAGCGUUACACAAAAUCCUCAGGCACCACACAGCUGGUAUUCCUCUACCUUACAUCUUGUACAAGUAUGGAGUAAGGGUUGCCUCACCUUUUCCAACCAAUAAAAAAGGUCCUAGACAACACAUAACCAAUUAGAUCCUGCUGUCAAGUUUUGAUGUCAUUGCUGUGCAUUGGAAUCUAUUUUGGUUAAACUUAAUAAUAUACAUCUCACGCAAUGAAAUAGGUAACGUUUGGCAAAGAUAGUUGAUACCUCUGAAUUUAUGUUGGGAGCCCAGUUAUUAGAAAGAAUAUAUAUAGAGGUCUAUAUAUAUAUAUAUUUAAAUAUAUAUAUGCUGCAGGGUUUAAAAGCACAGAUAAGUCUCUGAAUCUAGAAAAGCAAGGUUUUCAAGAAUACAGUUAACUAGUUGCUGCUACACAGAUUUUAACUUAAAACAUGACCACUUUUCUAGACCACAAUACUGUCUUGCCAUGUACGUUUUGUUUUGGACUCUGUAAAUUAACAAUGCAAUAGGUACUGCCUUUUUAAAUAAAAAAGGUUUACAUAUUUUUAUUUAAAGCAAAGGAAAUUUGGGUGAUAGUUCAAAAUAUAAAUUGUGAAAAAGGUUUAACAAAUCGUACAUUCUUUACGUAUUAGAUCCUGAGGCUGCCAUGGUACAAUAUACAGCACUGAUUUUACAAAUGCUGAAUACAUGAGCAAAUGGGCAACCUCGACUCUACUGGUACAAAUACUUAACAGGUACAGCAUUAUAAAUAUGCAAUCUUUUUUGUCUUAGUUUACAGCAACUAACUUAUUCAGUAUUGUGCUGGAAGACCAUUUUCCAACUAUGUAAAACAUAUCACUACAUGGGUAACUUUCCAGCCACUCGUUUUAUGCUGCUGUAUUAUACAGAAAAAAACCAAUGAUGUAACAAUGUUUGUCCUCUAAAUCUUAAUUUGAUAUUGGACAUUUAUUGUCUGUACAAACUAAAACAUAUAUGGUUGAAACUGUUCAUUAUAUUUGCUAUUUCUGUUUCACUGAUCUGUUUCAAAGUUUGAGCUGAUUGAUCCGGCUGUGUCUUCCAUUGUAAAUAUCGGUACAUUGUUUUUCAUGGUAAAUGCAGCACAUUUGCAGUUUUGGGAGACUGGCUUGAAGCUCUGUAUAGUGUUUAUAUUUAUCUGAAUUGGCUUUCCAUAGAGCUACUUGCAGUAAAUGUGUUCAUGGUA